AUGCUAAAAUCAAUUGUAAGAGUUUCAUACAAGAUAGGAAUUAAUUCAUGUACCUUUUUAUAAUAAUAUAGAAUUAUAGUAAUUACCUGUUUAUUCAUCAGCUAUUUAAGCAUUAUUCUAAAAUGAAUAUGGAAAGGCACAAGAAUAUUUAUAAUAACUAAAAUAAUAAGUAGAAAAUUUAUAGGAUCCAAAUGCAACAUAAGAAGUUUUGGAUUUAUUUGUUUAAUUAUAUAAACAAAAUAAAAAUUACAAAGAAUUAAUAUCAAUAUAAGAAGAAUAAUUUUUUACUUAUUUGUCAAUGAAUUCUAUUUAUAAUGAAGAUAAUUCAGAAUCUUUGAAAGAAUUAUUUAGAUCUUAUAUUGAAUUUGAUCCAAAAAGAGGUCAAGCUAUGUUAGCAUUUUUGUAAGAGAAAGUUGAUGAAAUAAUUCCACUUGGAUUUUAGAAAGAAUUUUACACAUAUGCAGGAGUAAAGAUUAGAAAUAUUUUUAGACUUUAGAAUUACUUAAUAAAAAUUAUGAAAAUUCAUAAAAAUUAUUGAGUAAUGCUUUAGAUUCAGGAACAAAAGGUGAUUUAGUAGGUAUAAAUAAAUUAUUGAUUUUUAGGAAUGUGUUUAAAUAAUUAAGUUAUCUUAUCGGAACUUAAUUUGGAAGGGGAAAUAUAAAAAUUAAAAGGAGAUUUCGAUGCAUUUUGUUAAUAAAAUAUAAAGAAUCUUUUAGAUGCAAUCAUUACUUUUGAAUUAAAUUCUGUAUCAGAGAAUAAAAAAGAACUUUAUUAUUUAUACAAACUUAUUGAAUAAACUGAAGUAAUUAUGAGAUUAUAAAAAAGACAUUUAUUGAUAAGAAAGAGAUAAAUACGAUUAUAAAUGGAACAUAGAUUAUAAAUUAAAAUUCUUAUUAAGUAAUAUUUAAUUUGAUUGAUUUAUUAAUUAAUCAUCAAUAUCCAGAUGUAAUAAAGAAUUAUAAAUUAUUAUAGAAAGCUACAGCUUGGAUUAAAGUUGUUUUUAAAAAUAAAACAUAGAAUCCAAAUUUGAACAUAAAGAGUUUCGGAAGAUCUCUAUUGUAAUAUGCUAAGAUAUCAAUGAUUGAUAACAAAAUUAAUUAAGCUGAGACAGUUCUAUUGGAUUUUUUGAAUUCUCAGUAACCUAGACUCUCAUUUUUGUAGAUGAUGGGAUUAACUUAAUAUAACCUAUUAUUAAAGACAGAAAAUAGAUAAUAUGAAGCAGAUUGUAAUAUUAUAAAUUUAUUUAGCAUAUGAGAAAUAAGCAUUAAAUAUUUCCUCUAAAUUAAGUCCAACAUCAUAUAUUAGAGAGCAAAUUAUAUUAUUAUGA